AGCUAGGCCAGCCCUGCAGGGCUAGCAGUCCAGCGGUGGGUUCACCGGAGCUUAAGCGUUGCAGCAGGAAAACUUCCAUCUCGCUCUCCUGGCUUUGAUCCUCAUUGGACAUCAGACCAGAGGCGCCCAAGGAAGGGAGGAUGCGAGAUGACCGGCCCUCUGGCAACCUGACCAUCUCCUUAGCAGAGCCUCCCAGAGCGAGCUGGGGACUGCCUGCACGACCCAGGAGGCGCCACGCCUCUCAGUAGAUGUGUGUGUGUGUGUGUGUGUAUGUGAGUGAGUGAGCGAGUGUGUGUGCGUGCGAGUGAGUGAGGGUGUGUGUGUGAGUGUGGAUGCAUGUGUGCACGGCAGGACUGUGUGUGAGCGUGUCUGGAUGGGUGUGCGCGUGCACGCGUGGGAGAGUGUGUGUGUGAAAGAGGGAGUGUGAGUGCUCUUGAUUAUUAUUUUUUCGUGGGGAAGAAAAAUCUUGGAAAUCUGGGGCAGGUUACCGUGCUCCUAGGGUGAUUCUUCUUUUGCAAGAAGAGCUGACGAGAGCAAUCUACUAGAGCCCAGGAGAAGGAUUUUUACUGCUGUUCUACAGAGAUUAGCUCCAAACCUGUGAAAUCGACCAGAGCUGUGUGAUUACCAGGGCUUGAGAGAGGACUCCCGAAGAAAAAGAGAAAUAAAUCAAACAGCCUGUCAGUCCCUUUGGCCACGUCGGAAGAUGUCAUCUCAAACUAAGUUCAAGAAAGACAAAGAGAUCAUUGCCGAAUAUGAAGCCCAAAUAAAAGAGAUCCGCACGCAGCUGGUCGAGCAGUUCAAAUGCCUGGAGCAGCAGUCAGAGUCGCGGCUGCAGCUGCUUCAAGAUCUCCAGGAGUUCUUCCGCAGGAAGGCUGAGAUUGAGCUUGAGUACUCCCGCAGCCUGGAGAAGCUGGCCGAGCGGUUCUCUUCCAAAAUCCGUAGCUCCCGGGAGCACCAGUUCAAGAAGGACCAAUACCUCCUCUCACCUGUGAACUGUUGGUAUCUGGUCCUGCAUCAGACCCGGCGGGAGAGCCGAGACCAUGCCACCCUCAAUGACAUCUUCAUGAAUAAUGUCAUCGUCCGCCUUUCCCAGAUCAGCGAGGAUGUUAUCAGACUUUUCAAAAAGAGUAAGGAGAUUGGCCUGCAGAUGCAUGAGGAGCUCCUGAAGGUGACCAAUGAGCUCUACACAGUCAUGAAAACCUACCACAUGUACCAUGCGGAGAGCAUUAGUGCAGAAAGCAAGCUAAAGGAAGCUGAGAAGCAGGAGGAGAAGCAGUUUAACAAGUCAGGAGAUCUCAGCAUGAACCUCCUUCGGCACGAGGACCGGCCCCAGCGUCGCAGCUCUGUGAAGAAGAUUGAGAAGAUGAAGGAGAAGAGGCAGGCAAAGUAUUCUGAGAACAAGCUGAAAUGCACAAAGGCCCGGAACGACUACCUGCUGAACCUGGCAGCCACCAACGCAGCUAUAAGCAAAUACUACAUCCAUGAUGUCUCUGAUCUGAUUGAUUGCUGUGAUUUGGGCUUUCAUGCCAGCCUGGCCCGCACCUUCCGGACAUACCUCUCAGCUGAGUACAACUUGGAGACCUCACGCCAUGAAGGGCUGGAUGUGAUCGAGAAUGCCGUGGACAGUCUGGACUCCCGGAGCGACAAGCACACCGUCAUGGACAUGUGCAACCAGGUCUUCUGCCCUCCGCUCAAGUUCGAGUUCCAGCCCCACAUGGGGGAUGAGGUGUGCCAGGUCAGCGCACAGCAGCCUGUGCAGACGGAGCUGCUCAUGCGGUACCACCAGCUGCAGUCCAGACUGGCCACUCUCAAGAUUGAAAAUGAGGAGGUUAGAAAAACCUUGGAUGCCACCAUGCAGACUUUACAGGACAUGCUGACGGUGGAGGACUUUGAUGUCUCUGACGCCUUCCAACACAGCCGAUCCACAGAGUCAGUGAAGUCGGCCGCGUCAGAGACCUACAUGAGCAAGAUCAACAUUGCCAAGAGGAGGGCCAACCAGCAGGAGACAGAGAUGUUUUAUUUUACAAAAUUUAAAGAAUAUGUGAAUGGCAGUAACCUCAUCACCAAGCUACAGGCCAAGCACGACUUACUCAAGCAGACACUUGGAGAAGGGGAGAGAGCAGAAUGUGGCACCACCAGCAGAAGAGAUGGAAGGCUUAGGCUGCCCCACUUUCCUUGGCUGAGCUGUCCCCCUGCUCCCCACUUUGUGCCCCACCCAGCACUUCAAGGAAGAAGAAAUGCUCGAACCAGGAACCAGGAUUCAGGACAAGCUAUACCACUUGUAGUUGAGAGCUGCAUCCGAUACAUCAAUUUAUAUGGACUCCAGCAGCAGGGGAUCUUCAGAGUGCCUGGAUCUCAGGUCGAAGUGAAUGACAUCAAGAAUUCUUUUGAGAGAGGUGAAGACCCCCUUGUGGACGAUCAAAAUGAGCGAGAUAUCAAUUCAGUCGCUGGUGUUUUAAAACUGUAUUUCCGAGGACUGGAAAAUCCACUCUUUCCUAAGGAAAGGUUUCAAGAUUUGAUAUCUACUAUUAAACUGGAGAACCCAGCAGAGAGGGUGCACCAGAUCCAACAGAUCCUCAUUACCCUCCCCCGCGUGGUCAUCGUGGUCAUGAGAUACCUCUUCGCUUUCCUCAACCACCUCUCCCAGUACAGUGACGAGAACAUGAUGGACCCCUACAACCUGGCCAUCUGCUUCGGGCCCACCCUCAUGCACAUCCCUGAUGGGCAGGACCCUGUGUCCUGCCAGGCCCAUGUCAACGAAGUCAUCAAAACCAUCAUCGUCCAUCAUGAAGCCAUCUUCCCUAGUCCCCGGGAGCUAGAGGGACCUGUGUAUGAAAAAUGCAUGGCUGGAGGGGAAGAAUAUUGUGACAGUCCACACAGUGAGCCAGGGACCAUCGAUGAAGUUGACCAUGACAAUGGCACGGAGCCUCACACUAGUGAUGAAGAAGUGGAGCAGAUCGAGGCCAUUGCCAAGUUUGACUAUGUAGGGCGGUCGCCACGCGAGCUGUCCUUCAAGAAGGGAGCCUCGCUGCUCCUGUAUCACCGCGCCUCAGAAGACUGGUGGGAGGGCCGUCACAAUGGCGUGGAUGGACUCAUCCCUCACCAGUACAUAGUUGUACAGGACAUGGAUGAUGCCUUCUCUGACAGCCUGAGCCAGAAGGCUGACAGCGAGGCCAGCAGCGGGCCACUGCUGGACGACAAGGCCUCCUCCAAGAACGACCUCCAGUCCCCCACGGAGCACAUCUCGGAUUAUGGCUUUGGGGGGGUGAUGGGCCGAGUGCGGUUACGAUCUGAUGGAGCGGCCAUCCCCAGGCGCAGAAGCGGGGGCGACACGCACAGCCCACCCCGGGGCCUGGGCCCCAGCAUAGACACGCCACCCCGGGCCGCCGCCUGCCCCAGCAGCCCCCACAAAAUCCCUCUUACCCGGGGGAGGAUCGAGAGCCCUGAGAAGAGGAGAAUGGCGACGUUUGGGAGUGCUGGCAGCAUCAACUACCCCGACAAGAAGGCGCUCUCAGAAGGGCACUCCGUGAGGUCCACCUGCGGCUCCACCAGACACAGCAGCCUGGGGGACCACAAGUCCCUUGAGGCUGAGGCCCUGGCAGAAGACAUCGAGAAGACCAUGAGCACGGCUCUCCACGAGUUGCGGGAACUCGAGAGGCAGAACACGGUCAAGCAAGCGCCAGAUGUGGUGCUGGACACGUUGGAGCCCAUGAAGAACCCUCCAGGCCCCAUCAGCUCAGAGCCCGCCAGCCCCCUGCACACCAUCGUCAUCCGAGACCCGGAUGCCGCCAUGCGCCGCAGCAGCAGUUCCUCCACCGAGAUGAUGACCACCUUCAAGCCAGCUCUGUCCGCCCGCCUGGCUGGCGCCCAGCUGCGUCCGCCCCCGAUGCGGCCUGUGCGGCCCGUGGUCCAGCAUCGGUCCAGCAGCAGCAGCAGUUCCGGGGUGGGCAGCCCUGCCGUGACGCCCACGGAGAAGAUGUUCCCCAACAGCUCCACAGACAAGUCGGGCACCAUGUGACCUGCUGGGUGGGUGGCACCAGCGCGGCCCACUGUGGCCCGCCAUGGCCUAGCCUGGCCUCGGUGGCUUCUACUUGCUUCCCAGUGAUGCUGGCCUUGUGAGGCAGAGCUUGGAGGGUCAGCUGGGAGAGAGUAUGUGUCUGUGGAGAGCAGAGGCCCAGGCGCUACUGCGCUCAGGCUUGGCCAUGCGAAUCCCACAGACCUGUGUGCAGACAGACACCCCGGGGAGUGCUGCAGCAAGAGCCUGAGUUCAGUGUCUCCCCAAAGUGAGGCAAGAUGCCAAGUGGCUUCUCCCGCAUAUCGUCACUGGAAAAUGAUCCUCGACAUCCUCUCUACAUACGUAUAUAUGUGUGUGUGUGUAUAUGUGUGUAUAUAUAUAUAUAUAUAUAUACGCAUAGACAUGUAUGUAUGUGUGUCUGUGUAUAUAUAAAUAUUUAUGCAUCUCUAUACAUACUAGAUCUGGACUUACAUGUUAAAUGUAUAUAGGAUCUCCUUUUUCUUUUUAUGAAACUUAGAUUUACCUCAGACCCAUGCCACCUGACAUCUCCCGCUGAGUUAUUUGGUGGGAUUUGCAGGGACUUCUCUGGGAGAACUUAAGAGGCCCCACAGUAACUGCAAAUGAAGCAAUAUACCACUCACCUGCAGAAAAACAGUCUCCCACUGUCUCCAGAAGUCGUGGCCUUCCAGAACAGUCUGCCCCUAAAGGCAGGGUGGGGCAGGCAGUACCCCAAGCAGGCGGGGAACCCUUCAGAGAAAACCCUCCGUCCACCCCAGAGACCCUGCCCUUCCAUCCGGAGGCCCAAGGCCAACUGUACCCCCCAAAGGCACGGGAGGAAGUUGGCAAGAAGAUCCCUGACCACAGCAUCCUUGUGUUUGUAUUGUAGAAACAGGGGACAGCAAGACCCUAAACCCCAUCGUAGCACAGUAUUACAUGUGGUUGGGAAAAAGGAAAAAAAAAAUAAUACAGUGGUGUGAAAUACUUCAAAUCCUAGAAAUGCUGUAGGAAUAAAUCUGUGGUAACUAUAGAGGUUUAACUUAUAUCUUCAAAAUAUUUAAUUUUUUCUUUUCCUGGUUCUACUAAUUAUACUGUGUCAGAUUUGGAACUCAACAGGCAAGGAGGCUUUCUGAGUCACAUCAUUUUCAUAUAACAUUGGGCUUGACACACUUCGGGUCUUGCCCUCUUGCAUGAAGCACGUGAGCUAUAGGUGCCCCAGUCAGAGGGAGGCCCAGGAGGGGCCAGGGAACACCAUAGGUUGGUUGAGUUUAUGCAAGUGAGAUCACUUCCUGCCCUCCCUUCCCCUGCUCCCUCCAGAGCAUUUAAUGUAGGUGAAAAUGUGUUUUUCAGAUAUAAGGAGGAAGGCUUUUGCCUCUUGGCUGAAAAAAAGCUUUCCAAGUUGUUCUUCUCUGCUUCCAUUUGACAUCCUCUUCUGAUCGCUCUGUUUUCUAGAGAUGGCUGUUUCUGGGUAAUGGAGCACAAAUCUGAUCCUAAUGGGAUGGACCACUUUGACUUGCUCCCCCCUCAUGCCAAACCAAUGGUCUUUUCGUUAUUGUUCUCAGGCUUUCUCUCUCUUCUCUCAGCCUCUGGGGUUUGGAGUCAGAAGUCCAAAAUUUCAGUCCCAGUCCCCAGCACUCAGUAGCUGUGAGACUUUGGGCAUGUCACUCCACUUCACCAAACCUCGCUUUCCUGCCCCGUAAAAUGAGGCUGAUAAAGAUAAGCGAGCAAGCUAAAUCAACUGGAAAGCCCUGUACUGAUGCUAUUGCUGUUAUUAUCAUUAGAAAGGUGAGUCUUUCAGACCCUAAAACCAUCCAGACCUUCUGGAAAGCUCCUAAUGGCAUUUGAGAAGUGGGUCCUGGAAUUUCCCUGCCAGCUUGCAGUAUCAUCAUUAGCAUCUCCCCCCAUUGGUUGAAGUUUGCCCUCUCCUGUGGUCCUACAUGAAAAGGUAAACACACCGGGAGAGACCUAGUGAGUCUCUGACACCUGGAUGUGUGGGUACAGGAAGCCAUUCUGCCUUGUCUCUGGACUGGCCUUGAAACCACACUGUGGAAGGAGGAAUCAAGAAAGGCUGUACCAGGAAGAGGCCAGUGAUGAAUUUGACCUCCCUUGUUUUGCCGAGAGCCCCCAACCCUUCUCCUUUAGCUCCUGAUAUGAAAGGCUCUCUGCCUUUGUGCACAUAGACAACCCCUUUUACAGUGUAGGAGAGUUAGGCCUGGGGGUGUGCUGGGACCUGCCCAAGAGGUGACAGAUGUCUGAGAGUAGGGCUCUGUCAGGCACUGGAUGUUGUUCAUUUGCAAGGAUUCUGUACCGUCCAGCCAAGUUGUAGGAAUUCUCAUCUCCAGCCCAGAGAUACUCCCAGACCUUAAAUCUCUGCCACAAAUACCAGACGAGAAGCAAAGAUUUAAGCAGACAGAUCUAUUCCCUGAUAUACGUAGCACCAGUCAAGCUAUGUAGAUCGUUCUCUGGAAUUGACAGCUUCCUUUUUCCUUACCAAAAAGGGACCUGCCUUUCCCAGACUUAACUUGAAGGUUUUUGUUAAGCACCUAUUUUUCCCCCCAAUGGAAAAAUGACAAGUUCACAUAUGGGGAAGUAGGCACCCAGAUGGCAGAUGAUGCCCCUCUCACCUGGCCCCUUGAUCAGAGCCCCAUUGCAGGACACAAGGGAACACACUGUCCUUGCCACCCCUUUCCUCAUCCGGCACUGCGCAUGCCUCAGCCUCCCUUCACAUCACUCAGCCCAGCAACGUCCACUGGGCAUCUCGUCUCAGCUCCUGCCUGUUGGAGUCCACUAUAUUAUUGCUGUAUUUGCUUAAAUGCUGGAAAGUAACUGUUAAAAAAUGUGAAACUGUACUUUUUUAAAAAGGCUACAAUUAAAUUCUAGCCAAUGCCACUCACCAAAUCUUUGCACCUAGUCGUAGAUAGAUCAAUGUAAAAACCAAUACCAGAAACCUAACUGUACAGUGGGUGUGGGGGUAAUGUAGUAACCUAGUUAGUAGUCCUCAAUAUAACCAAUUGUACAAGGGGAAGUGGUGUUUAUCUACCUGUUCAUCACCAUUAUUGAAAGCUGUACUGAUCAGCUAGUUGAUAACGGGCAUUUUUUUGUUGUUUUGUUUCGUUUUGUUUUUGGCUUCACGGAAUGGCUUACCCUGAGGUCAAGCCUUUUGUCUUUAUGUAGAACUGAUGUUCAGGAAUGAACCAGCAAGAUGUUCAUUUAAAACUGACCAAAGACGAUUAAUUCCUGGUCUAGUUUCCUGGGCCUCAUGGCCCAGCAGCCGCUCGAGACCUUUCGUGGACAAAAUUGAGAACAAGCCGUGCUUCCAACCCCAUGCCCCCUCCCUAUACCCUCUUCUGCCCCUUUCCUCUUAAAAGAGCUGCUCUGAGCUGUGGGAUUCUAUGAAAAAUUCUUGCCUUUCCUUGUUUUCAGUGCUAACGAUUUCUCACCUCGAAGCGCCUUUUGAACCCCGGACAGAGCGCACAGCUGGAGGGAGUUGUGGGUUUGGGAAUGAGACUCGGGAGUCUUUUCUCUGAAGUCACCAGGCCAGGGGUCAGGAGAGAAAUGGAUUCCCAAGGGACGAAAGGUUUCUAUUCAAUGAAGAAAUCGGAGUGGGAAGAGACACAGGGAAAUUGAGCCAUUCUUUGGCCACUGGCUGGAACCAGCAGUUCAGAGAUCUGCCUUAUAAACAGACACUUCAAACUGGCUUGUGGUGCACAACGGGGAGCCAGUGUGGGAAAGGGCCUCUUUGCAGGGCCUCCUUCUCUGCUGGCAUCUCCUGGAGUGCCUUGGUGGGUAUAUUUCUUUCUCAUUCAGGAGGCAUGGAUGUGGGGACUUCUUGUGACCUGGUCAUCAUUUGUCUCACCGUGCGUGCGCAGCUGAUAGGCAACCACAAGGACUAACGUGCACAGGUUCUUCCUUUCAGUCCUUCUACUCCUAACUUUUCACACAUCCAGAUGGGUUCACACUAGAACAAAUGCCUCAUUCUCCUGAGAAACCCAGAAGGAAGACAGGCUGGCUCACAGCCACAGUGGUGGCCCCGUUGGGCUGGGAGGGAGUUGGGUGGUGGGGGAGAAGUCAGAAAGGGGUGAGCCGAGGUGUUGCUUAGCUGAUUUUCUGCUGUGCAGAGCUAAUGCUGAAGUUUCAUGUCAAUUUCCCCGGUUCUCUGGGGUCUCCUCUCUUCUGAGCAGCCUUGUAGAGAAUUCCCCACAUACCCAAAGCUGCCCAGGGGAGCUGAGAGAAGGGACUUUGCUGUCAGGUCUGAGUCCUCCUGGCCUCUCUGAGGUUGAUCUGCCAGUGUCCCGCUGUCCCAUCCUCUGGGACUGGCCAAAUGGCCACCGCUGCCCCUUGCUGACACCUCCUUUUUGUGUGAACUGUCCCAGACAAAUAACAAAGCUAUUCUUGAACCAGCGUGCACUUUGCCUUCCUUCAACGGAAGUCGAUCCUGGCUAGAGUUUCUGCUCAGGCCCUUGUCCCGGCAGUGUGACUGUUUACAUGGUUUGGCAAUAGGUUUGGUUUUGAUUGCUUCAGAGUGGCUGGUCUAUUUUGUUUCCUUUGGUUUUUCUUCCUCCCCCAAAUUGUGACAGGAAAAACAAACAAAUUGAAACCACCCUAGGAAAUUGCUGGUUGCCUGUCCCCACGUGAUGAAAAGUGUCGCCCUUUUCCAGGUGUCGUUUCUCUACCUUGUGACCAAACGCCCGUCCUCUAGGAGUGUCUGAUAUGGAUCCUCUGUUGCGUAUUCUGAUGGUGCCUGCUGGUUUGACGUGGAGCUAGCCUGUGAAAUAAAACAGCUUAACUUUUCUCAAA